CGCAAUCAUAAGUAAAAAGUAAAAGAUGAAUCAUGAGUACCACCACCCUCUUAUGGCGUUCUCAAACGUUACAUUCUCAACUGUUACACGAGUUUGUGAUGCAAGAAUGGAAAAAGUGGACGGGGUGACCUUGCGCGUCUUGCAUGACAGAUUUGGAACAGUUUCUCAGCCUGUUUGGCCCUUCAAGAAUUUGUCAUGCAAAGCAGCUUGACCGUGCCGAUUCUGAUUGUAGUUUUGCAUGACAAAUCAUGUAACAGUUGAGAAUGUAACAGUUGAGUACCACCACCCUCUCAUCUGCAGACGCGAAAGAGCAGUUCCCUGACGACGAGUUGUCCCACACCCGCACCGGCGGGGGCCGUGUAUGCAUUGCAAAAGUAUCGUACUCGUAUAAAUGCAUUACAAAUUUCCUCAGCAUGAGAAAUAAGAUUUGUAAUGCGGACUUGCCUUAAGAACAAGAUUUGUAAUGCAUGACUGCAAUACGAGUACGAUACUUUUGCACAGGAUACCGCGGUCGUGGCGGCAAUGAACCCUUCGGGCGGGCACAGCGGAGUUUUUGAGGAGCAGCUGCUAGCUGCCCGGGUUUGAUUGGAUUUAUUGAACAGCGAACACCGCUGCAUUGCAGCCGUGAUAGUACAACUUUGAUUGGCAGCAUGGCUGUACCCUCGUCCAACGCAUCGUCGCUUGGCGGCCCGAACGGGCCCGAGCGCACCGCCGGGUCCGCGACGACCUCGCUGUGGAGCUACGGCCUGCAAGUCGACACGAGCUUCGAUGGGCUGCUUGAACAGAAUCUGAACGCGGUUUCCUCCCCGGAGUACUGCUCGGACAGCGAUAUUAACGCGAGUAACGUGCAAAGAUCUUCGAACCUCUUCGGGAACAUGCUGUCACCCGUGUCCGAAAACCCCGACUCGCCGCGAAUGGGGCAAUCGCUGACCACAUCUCCCGAGCUCGGCCAAUCGCCCACGACAGCGGUCGAAGAAGUAGUUGCACAAAAAUAUGACCCGCUCAGGUGUUACAAUCUCAACCGUUCUUACGAUAGAAUCUUGUUGAAUCUGUGUUGAUGCUGUUGUGUUGCAUAGAGAGCAUGAGGAACAUGCAGAGUCUUGCUGCUGCCCUUGCGCUUCUCGCAAUACAACUUUCGCCAGAAUGCUAAUGGGAUUUCGGACACGACCGGACCUUGUCAACAUGCGUACUCCUGUAAUAGUAGGCUAGAUGAUGCACAUUUUUUUGCAUCACAGAUUUAGAUUUCUACUCGUAACGUUUGAGAUUGUACCUGCUGAACAGGCUAUAAAAACGUAGACGCAGGAGAAGUUUAUUUUGCUCCUCCCCAGCAGCAGCAGAACCACUCUGUCCCGAGCGGGCCGCUCACCCUGACAAACAACAGAACUAAAACGAACAAAUCUGCUUCCACCUCUACUUCCCAGGCUGGCAAAUUGAAAAAGAACAAGAAGGAGAAGGCGAAGUACUACAACAACCUGCAAGUAGGAGACUUGCAGCCACCCAACAUGUAUCAACUGCAAAAGUGUCUCGGUCUGGAACAGUGCAUUUUUGUCAUGCUUGUCUGGCAUGACUGUCAAAUCUGUCAUGCACGUUACCCAAGAGCGCCACUUUUCUGUCAUGCAGAAACGCAGUUUGUCAUGCAGAAUAGGCAACACCUAGAAGCUGAGAAACUUGUCAUGCUGAGCCAGCACUUGUGGCCUCCUCAUGAUACGCCACCCAGCAUCACAAGUUUCCAGACCCAGACAUAUUUGCAAUGCAUAACACGACCAUGCAGGAGCUCCCGAAAGAGCCGGCAGACUUGACGAAGCGCGCCGACCACUCCGCGGAUAGCGUAUCAAAUGUAAAAAUAUCCGGGUCUGGAAGAAUGCAACUUGUGAUGCUGCGUUUGGAUUCCAAAAAAAUCUGUAUUGCAUGAGUACCAAAGGAAAUGCAAUUUUUGCUACGCUGAGAAGGCAUUUGUCAUGCGGAAGACGCAUCAAGAAGCCCUCAUAUAAUCUGUAUUGCUAGGGUAUGCAUCACAGACAUCAUGGCUCAUGCAAAACGUGCAUGACAAGUGUCAGAAUCUUCCAGACACAGACAUCUUUACAGUUGAUAUAGCGUCAACACAAGCAACGCGAGCGGAGGCUCGCAGGCGGGAGGACAGCAGCAGCACAGCACGCACUCAAAUGGUGGUAAUAAAUCAUCUCCGCAGAAAGUAGACAGUUCGUCUACGAGGGGGGCCAAGAGGCAAAGCGGGGUAUGGUCCAACCAGUCUACAUCUUAUUCCUCUUCCAAGGAAAAGCCAGCACAGUCGUCGGGAGGUAGUCACGGAAAAAACACGGGCACAAACAGCACGAGCUUGAACAACACCCCGAAGCCCCGCUCCCGAGAUAUCAACUGCAAAAUUGUCUGGGUCUGGAAAGUUGUGAUGCAAAUCAGUGAAUGGUGGGCGCACUGCAAUACGCAGCCAGGCAUGACAAGUUUUUGAGCUGCUAUGUGUUUCGUUUUGCGCAUGACAAGUCGCGUUUUUGCAGUACAGGCAAUGGGCUCUUAACCUGCUCAUGCAUCACAGAGUUAAGAGUCAUGCCAGCCACGCAUGACCCCUCCAGACCCAGACAUAUUUUCAAUGAAUACGAGAAAACUCGCAGCAAUACAGCAGUGGUGGCAUGAUGACUGCAAAGCAACACAACAACACUUCGUCUGCCAACAGCUCCGAGCGCGUCACGCCCAAUCGAAGCCGAAAAAGCAGCGCGCGGCCGAGCAUCCGGGGCAGCUCCGUCGGCGGUGGAGCUGCGGCUCCGCAGUUUGAGUUCAACGAGCAGCGACGCCAGUCGUUGCUGGAGCAGAAGCGGCAAUCCAUUGCGAAGACGACCGAGCGCCGUACCUCGGUGCAGGAUUUGCUACGGGACCUAUCUAGUACUUGUUCUGGGUCUACAAGCAACACCAUUUUUGAUCUAAACCAGUACAAUCUCGUGGCGAAAAACAACAACUUGGUGACCCUACAACAGCAUGGCGGGAAUACUAGUGCAACAACGAACUACAAGUUGUCAGCGAGGAAAAGUCUGGCGUCGGCGAUUUCGCCGUCGAACGGAGGAAAUAACAGCACAGCGACAGGAGGACCUCCCCCUCCUACUAGUACUACAGGCGGUGAUACGAUGGACGAUUCGCGAGGACAGGGCGAUGCAAGUGCAUUAAGAGGUUUUCUAUUUCCCGGUACUACUCUUACAGGCGCUCCGCCGAGGCAGUUCUUGAAUGUUUUCGAAGGCGGGAACAUGAAUCAACACGAUCAGGAAACGAACAACCCACUGAGAACAAAACGCCACAGCUUCGCGGCGCAAACUGAGACUUCGGUAGCGAAAAGCCAAAGCGGUACUCAGCUUGGACCACGGUCAGAUUUCAAUCAAAAAGCACCACUGGUGCAGACGGAGAGGUCGUGGACCGCAGCAAAGCAAACCCAAGAAGGGGAAUUGAAAUUUUCCGCCGCAGCCGAACUCGAGGAGCAGAUUUUGACUAUGGCGGUGUUGCAGGGUGUUUACGAACAGCUAUUCGAGUUUGAUAAUCAGGUGCACAGCUCCUCCUGCAACAGUGGCACCGAGGAGGAUGAAAUAGAAAUGAGGAUCUUAACUACUACUUUGGUGCAACAUGAUUUUUACUCUUCCGCAUGUGCAGCGGAGAAGAACAGUACGAGGGAGAAAAACUGUACGAGGGAGCCAGCACCUCUCGUCCAAGCGUCGAUAAGAACACAAACUCUGGGAGGUGAAGAAGUAUCAAAUGCAAAAAUGUCUGGGUCUGGAAAAGUGCCAGGUUUGUCUUGCAUAUUUUCCAUGAUCUAUGAUGUCUGUGAUGCAUGCCCUAGCAUCAGAGAUUCUGCGAGGGCUUUCUGAUGCUCGUACCGCAUGAUAAAUUUUCUCUCCGCGUAGCAAAAACAAGUACACCUCUUUUGCUGUUCGUGCAAUACAGAUGUAGAGUGCAAACGUUGUAGCGUCACAAGUUACACCCUUCCCGACCUAGACAUCUUUGCAAUGCAUAAGAAGGAAACUACAUCAAUUUCCCCACAACGGCUCCCGUCCCAACUUCUUCGGACAACAAACCCAGUGGCGGCACUUCCGACCAAGCCGCGGCAAUGGUGCCUGGUGACACCACCGCACUGUCGGUGUCCAGCAAUUCCAGCAACGUGCGGUUUAUGGCGAACGAGGAGGACGAAGUCGUCGAAGAAGAAGUAGUACCAAACCCGCAUGAUCACACCCGAGCAGGACCUGCUCCCAGAACCGUGCAACUGCAAGGAACCGACUCUAUUUCCAAUGAACAAGGAGGUGAUGCGCAACAAAAACCAGGACGGACGUGGCAGGGUGCAAGCAUCAAAGAUAGUACCGGACGUUCUUCAGACGCAGCAGAGCAGUCGAAGUCGUCACAACUAUCUUCGACCGCCGAUGGUGUCGUGCCGCUGCAAUAUUACCCUCAUUUAGCCAGCAACCCGCUUCCAUCGCCCGUGGGGGGGCUAGGCUCCGUCGUGAAAAAUCCCGAAUUGUACCAAUUUGCGGUGUAUGGAUUGCAAAAGUGUCUGGGUCUGGAAGAUUCUAAACUUGUAAUGCUGUCGCUGGAUUCUAAAAAAGUUUGUACUGCAUGACCAGCAAGAGGACUACACGGGGAGGGCAUUUCUCAUGCGGUAGAGGCAUCACAAAGGCCUCUAAAAAUCUGUGAUGCUAGGCCAUGCAUCAUAGACAUCGCUGGUCAUUCAAAAUAUGCAUGACAAACUUGGGAAUCUUCCAGACCCAGACAUUUUUGCAUUUGAUACGGUGAGCAUGACCAAGCAGAACUUCAAGAAGCAGCGUCUCCGGUCGGUCUACGGUCACGCAGUGGAUGAAGAGAUGCAAAAGUUAGAAAAGUCGUGUAAGUGGGACAGUAAUACCAGUAAUCAUAAUUUUCAAGCCAACACGUCCACAUCAACCACUUCGCCGUUUAAAAGCAGUAGUACUAGCAUGAGUCAUAGUGCUGGGAUGAAGAAAGAGUAUCCGAAAGUGGAGUCAAAGUUCUUGAAACUGACAUGCAUAAAGUACGACGACAAUCUGUUGAGUAACAUGUUGAAACGGAAGUAAGAAGGUACAGCCCUAGUGAAGAUUGGACUAGAAUUUGGAAAAAAACAUGAAUCAGAGGCUGUUGCUUGAUGCUGAUGGAGCCAGGAAAGAUGCGCGAGCUAGUUUUUUUCGGCUUUUUGGUGUUCGCUGCGAAUCAAGAAGACCAUCCUUCGAAGC